AUGUGUGCUGAAGUUUCAGUACAAGUGCUCAAUCACAGCAACCAAGAAACAAAUCCAGGGCCGUACAAAAUGGCGAAAUUUGAGGACUGGGCAGAAGAGCCUCCUCUCCUACAUGAUGAAGUCAGCAGAUACUUGCAAGAACACUGUGUGAACGAGGGAGAUAUUCUACAGUGGUGGAAAAAUAACUCCCAACGACUUCCUCGACUUGCGUGUGUGGCAAGAAAAAUAUUAAAUAUACCAGCCACUAGUGCGUCUAGUGAGAGAAUUUUUAGUUGCGCUCGAAACCUAAUUAGCGAAAAACGAUCACGUCUUAAUGCAGACAGACUUAACGAUCUCGUCAUAAUUAAUUCAAACACUAAUCAGCAGACACAUUGA